AUUUAAAAUAUUAAAAUGAAGACUUAAUUAUUGCUAAUAGCCGUGAUAUCUCUUUCAGUCAAUGCCUUGACUGCCACAACCUCAUGUGAUUGCACAGAACUUGUUUAAUCUGCUGAUUGUAAAGGUGGAUGUACUUGGUCAUCAGCUGAUUCUACAUGUUCAACAAAGACACUUGAUUGCACAACAUUAACAUAAGACACUUGUGAUAUUUAUACAGGAUGUGCAUGGAACGAAACAACUUCAAAAUGUGCUGCUUUCACAGCUUGUGCAGAUUACACAGUCACAGUUGCUAGUUCAUGCUAUGCCAAAGAUGAUACCUGUGUUCCAGGAACAGCUGGUGCAGAUGGAAAAUUCCCAUGCUAGACAGGAUCAAUCACAUGCUCAACCUUCACAAAUGCCGAUGAUUGUAACGGUAGGGUACCAGCCGAUAAUGCUGUUUGCUGGUUCAAGUCUAAUGCUUGCUCAUAAGUUGAUGUUUCAAAAUGCUCAGCUAUCACAGAUACAGACUUAUGUACAGAAUAAGGUUGCAAAUGGACUUCAUCUUGUGCUGCAUACACAUGUGCUGAUAUGACCACUGCUGAAACUUGUGUUGUAGUAUUGACAGACGAUUAAUCAGGUGUUAAUAUUUGUGCUUGGGAUUCUACUGGUAGUAAAUGUAGUGAUGCUGCUGAUGUUAGUGCUUUGACAUCAUCAAAUUGCUAUGAUAAAACAGGUGGAUUUUAUUAUUGGGAUGGAAGUGCCUGCUCAGAAUGCUCAGGAUCAAGCAGUAACGGAUAUAUUUUGGCAUUCAUUGGAUUCAUCGCUAUGAUUAUGUUCUGAUUCAGUAUUAAAUAUAAAUUAUCAAUCAUUAAUUAUUU